GAAAGAAAGUUUUCUUUUUUUUCUGUGUGCAAUGCAUUAAAUAGGUACUAAAAGUUCCUAUAAAGUCUAAAAUUGUUUAUUUUAAGUGAGUUUCCGCCUACAGUACCUAUAAUUAGUUGACUGAUAUCAGCGAAAACAACCAAGUAGGUAGGUAAUUAUAGCGUUGACCCCUGCCCUCCUUCAUAGAAUUGCCGAUUUAGCCCAGCAGACGUACAGGCGCAGUGAAGUGAUCAACAUGUUUGUGUUGUCAUUAUCAGUAAUUCUGCUAACGGGAGCAGUUUAUGCAGAUGUGGAGACUGCAAAUCCGCCGCAUUGUACUAAUGUGACAAAAGGUACGGACUACGUGUAUCAUUACCGUUUCGACUACCCCGUGGCGUAUAUUCAUCCAGGCGUCAAAGAAGUUUAUCAACCCCUAUACUGCACGAAUCCUCCAGCAGUGGCCGUGGCAUCCACUAUAGUAUGCGACUGGGCUGCUCCUCCGCAAGUACAGUUCACUCUGGGCGAUGACUACAUGCACGUGGUGCGCCAGGACCCGACAGGCAAGUUCGCGGGUAACGCCAUGAUCUGGACUUACCAGCUGUGCAGCCACAACCAUCUGCUACCUGAACCCUAUACCUCUAAGAAGCUGAAUAUUACGAGGGCUUGAUGAUGCUGCUGACUUUAAUAAAUAAGGAAAAAUGUU